CAAGUUGCCAAUGAUACUUCACAGGACAGCAUGGAAGAGGAUGUUAGCACGGAAGUUGGCAUUGAAGCGGAUUCCGAUGUUGAGGAGGUGCUGCUGGAACCGCGAUUCAAAUAUUCUCGGAUUUUAAACAGCGUCCCAGCCAUAUUGCGACAAGAUGCGGCCACAUGUAUGGCAAUCCAUGACAAAUUUGCAGCAUUGGGCAGUCGCUCUGGCUAUGUCUAUAUUGUUGAUCAUUUUGGUAAUUUACAUCCCGAAAAUGUGAGGCUUUUUUUCAUUUGCUUCAUAAAUUUAGUGCUUUUUGGCCGUUGUGUGAAGCAUUUUGUUCAGCACUUAGAAUGA